AUCAUUUGAGUUCACUGUCCAGCGAGAUUUAUUACCUGCCAGGCGACUCAUGUAGAGGAAGAAUAGCUCAAAAUGAAGCGCCCGGGAUUGCAGUGGAUCGGAACAUGUUUUUGCACGGCAGUUAUAUGGAAUGUAUGCUCUUCGCUGGACGGUGGAAUGCUAUUUCCUCGAGAAUCCCCUUCCAGAGAGGUUAAGGAACUUAACGGACUUUGGAACUUCAGGGCAGACAUCUCUUCGGACAGAAAUUCGGGAUUUGAAAAUGCAUGGUACAAAAGUCCCCUGGCAGAGACUGGCCCGGUGAUUGACAUGCCUGUGCCGUCCAGCUACAACGACAUCUCUCAGGAUACUCGGCUUAGGGAUUUCAUUGGUUGGGUGUGGUAUGAUCGGGAGGUUUGGGUCCCUGCUCGCUGGGUGCAGGACAAGAGAACCCGAAUAGUUCUUAGAAUUGGAAGUGCACAUUACUAUUCUGUGGUGUGGGUGAAUGGAAAGAAGGUGACAGAGCAUGAGGGAGGACACCUUCCCUUCGAAGCGGACAUUAGCGCCGUACUCCGGAGCGAUCCCAGCGCCGCGUGUCGGAUCACCGUCGCCGUCAACAACACCCUGACCCUUCAGACACUCCCACCAGGAUCUAUUCAGUACAUGAAUGACCGCACAAGGUAUCCUCCUGGCUAUUUCGUUCAAAGCACCAACUUUGAUUUCUUCAACUACGCUGGAAUCCAUCGUUCGGUCUUACUGUACACCACGCCCGUGGCUUACAUCGAUGACAUCACAGUGCAGACAUCCUUCGCAGAUAAUAUCGGAGUGGUCAAGUACCAGGUGGCAGUGAAAGGCAGCGCUCAGCCCGCAGUGAAGGUCACGCUGUCGGGGAAAGACGGCCGCUGCGUGGCCACCUCUAACGGAUCCUCUGGCCAACUGAAGAUAGUGGACGUCAACCUGUGGUGGCCAUACUUAAUGCACGAGAACCCUGGUUACCUGUACUCCAUGGAGGUCCAGAUCACCUCAGAGAGUGGAGUUGAGGAUGUUUAUACGCUGCCGGUGGGAAUUCGCACGGUAAAGGUUACCAACACGCAGUUCCUCAUCAACAACAAACCUUUCUACUUCCACGGAGUGAACAAACAUGAGGACUCGGACAUCCGCGGGAAGGGCUUCGACUGGCCUCUGAUCGUGAAAGACUUUAAUCUGAUCAAAUGGCUCGGCGCCAACUCCUUCCGGACCAGCCAUUACCCAUAUGCGGAGGAGAUCCUGCAGAUGAGCGAUCGUCACGGCAUCGUGGUGGUGGAUGAGUGUCCCGGUGUUGGCAUCAAAGACAUACGCAGUUUUGGCAAUGCCUCCUUGGCCCACCACCUGGAAGUCAUGGAGGAGCUAGUGAGGCGGGACAAAAACCACCCCUCUGUGGUCAUGUGGUCAGUAGCCAACGAACCUGCGGCCGAGAUGCCCCCUGCUGGAGAAUAUUUCAAAACGCUGAUCUCUCACACUAGAUCUCUGGAUGCCACACGACCGGUCACCUUCAUCACUGACAGUAACUACGCAAGAGACAAAGGGGCUCCGUAUGUGGAUGUGAUUUGCGUGAACAGUUACCUGUCGUGGUACCAUGACCCCGGGCACCUGGAGGUCAUCCCCAUCCAGCUCAACACCCAGUUUGAGAACUGGUAUGGAAAAUACCAGAAACCGAUCAUUCAGAGCGAGUACGGAGCCGAUGCAGUGCCUGGACUUCACACGGAUCCUCCGAUGAUGUUCAGUGAGGAGUACCAGAAGAUCGUCCUGCAGAACUACCAUAACGUGUUCGACCAGAAGAGGAAGGAGUACGUCAUCGGAGAGCUCAUCUGGAAUUUCGCAGACUUCAUGACGGCUCAAACCAUCACUCGCGUCGUGGGGAACAAAAAGGGCAUUUUCACCCGUCAGCGCCAGCCCAAACCCGCCGCCUUCCUCCUGAGGGAGAGGUACUGGAAGAUAGCCAAUGAGACGGGUGUUCUGCCCACCUGGGCCAGGUACCCCUGCCCGUGAGCACGGGGGUGGGGGGGUGUGUGCGGGCGCCUGGUUACCCAGGGACGCGCCUGUUAAACCCAACGCUGUGAGCGUGAACAAUGUAAACGCGCGUGCCUUACGAUCAAUUCUCACAAGGUUUGAUAUCGGUGAAUUCUUUAGUUUGCCGUUCCGUUUUCUAGUUCGAUGAGCUUCCUGUGUUUUUUUUUUCUGAUUUGUUUUGAUUUUGAAUUUUUGGGAUUUGUCCUGUUUGUGUCGUGAAUGUAAAUCCAAGGGAUUUUCUAAAUACUGAGUGUGAGAGAGCGUGUGGCAUUAAAGGAUAAUUCCUGUUUUUUUGUUUUUUUCAUUUGUUUGUUAGAAAUUGGGAUGCCUAAGUGUUGAGGUCUGGCUGUCAUGGUUGAACCAGAAAAAAAAAUCGUUUUUUUAGCUUUACUUUCUGUUCUGGUAAACUGUCCCAGUACCACACGCACGUGACACGACAGGCAGUUUCAUCAACUCCCGAGCGGAAACCAAAUUCAGCAUUCAUCAGAUAGGCCUUCAUAUGUGAAUGUCUGAGCACAACAUUUUAGAAAUGAUCUGCACUAGUUUUACGACAAACAUAACAUUGUCAUUUGUAUGACUGAUCGGGACUCGAUGACAGUUUUCGAGGGAAGCACUUAUCUACUUAAUCAGUAUUUGGAUCUGUGUAAUUGAAAUUUUUGUUCAUCAGCUUUGCACUGACUCGGCGUUAAGGUAGCACGCCGCUCAUUUGAAAAGUAAGACUGGAGAGAAGAGUUUGGUUUUUUGGUGUUUUGGAGAGGAGCCAUGCCGUAGACUCUUUGUAAUAAUGAGCAGGGUCAGGUCAGCCUUUGUUUUCUCCACAUUCCAGACAUCCCAAACAUUCCCUCUCUGCUCCUUUUUCCGUGUUCUCACUCAUGAAAAAUCACAGCACGUCUAGAAAAUGAUUACUUUUGUUCUUUUUUUUUUUUUUUUUAAAUCUGUGCAAAGUUUUAUGUACGCAAUAUGCCAGCUUGUAUUGGUGGGAAAAAAAAACAAACACUAGGGAAAAAAAAAACACUCUUUUCCUUCAUACUGCUCAUUUUUAUGAGUAUAAUAUUGUGAUGAUAUGUACAUAUUUAAAUGUUACAUUUUAACCUCGAAUAUCGGCUUAUAAAUCGAGGUGUUUGGGAUGAUUAGCUUAUAAAGUUGACUUUUAAGGAAACAUGACUUUUAAGGAAACGACUAAUGUUUGCAAGUUUAGAGUAGAAAUGUGAAGCAAUACCCCUUUCUCGUCCAAGGAGUGUGAAACUAAGUCAAUCCUGUGAACAUUCUUUCAGUACUAGCUGUUUCUCAUUUUUCCAGUUCCACCAGUUGAGACAAUACAUGGCACCUAAUAAAUGUCUUUUUGUCUA